CGGGCGGAGCCUGCGGGGCCGGUGGUAUUUUCUGCGUGUUGCUGAGGUGGCACCGAGGCCUGUUAGCGGGAAGCUGGCAGGAAGCGGUGCCCCGGUGGUAUUUUUUGCGUGUUGCUGAGGUGGCGCUGAGGCGAGGCUGGCAGGAACCGGAAGCUGGCAGGAAGCGGGGCUCGGUGGUAUUUUCUGCGUGUUAUUGUGGUGGCACCGAGGCCUGUUGACCGGAGACUGACAGGAACCGGGGCCCAGUGGUAUUUUCUGCGUGUUGCUGAGGUGGCACCGAGGCCUGUUAGCGGGAAGCUGGCAGGAAGCGGUGCCCCGGUGGUAUUUUUUGCGUGUUGCUGAGGUGGCGCUGAGGCGAGGCUGGCAGGAACCGGAAGCUGGCAGGAAGCGGGGCUCAGUGGUAUUUUCUGCGUGUUGCUGUGGUGGCGCCGAGGCCUGUUGACUGGAGGCUGGCAGGAAGGCGGCAGCAUUGUAGGGAAUUCACCGAACAGACAUAUUUAUUACUAGUUGUUGCUGGCUUAUAUAAAUGAAGAUUAUAUGUGACUAGUCAAGCCGAUUACAGUUAUCCACAUCAGCAUACUUUCUCGAAAUCAAGCUAAAUGCUGUACAUUGAUGACUUGAGAUGUAGGGACUAUACCAUUUUAGGCUUCAACAGUUUUUCUUUAGUCAACAUAAUCUUUCGGAUACAUAGGGAAAUUAUCUUCAGAACUAGUAGAAAAGUUACUUAGAGGUAAAAUUUGAUGCUCUAUGAAAACAGAAGAAGACCAUGGAAGUGACCUCAGGCUAGAAGAGAUCUGGUCCAGUCCCAGUUUUACCUGGUUGAGGUUGGUCAGCUGUCUUCGCCCCGGUUUUCAUGUCUGUCAGAGAUGAGAUAGACUCAGAUGAGCAAUGAUAUCUGCUUGGACACUGAGACAUUGUGAAGGUAGAAGCAUCUUAGAUGAAUCCGGAAACGAGGCGGAAGUGCCAGACACCAGUUUGGCUGACUGUACACAGAGGGAGUCAACGAAAAUCAGGGGAAUGGUAGGUUAGCCCCAGGUGAUGUAGGACUUUGGAUGGAAUUUGAACUUAUUCUGGAGCAAUGAGUACGCAAGGACACGUUUUUUGAGAUAAGGGAAUGCAGUAAUUACCGUUUUGAAAGUUCAGGGAGUAUGGUAAUCAGUUUUGAAAGACUGCCCAAACAGCAGUUGGUAGGAUGACUUAGAGAAAGGAGAGAUUGUGAAGUUUAGGUAAGUGACCGGUAAUGAGAGCCUAAAUGAACAGUGGCAGUGGGUGGGAAGAUUCAAGAGAUCUGUGUGUGUAGCUUGGAGUUUGUACUUAAGUUUGGUGUUGCUCAAAAUUUUGCAGCUCUUGCCUCCAGGUUAUGAUGGCAAAUCACCUUGUAAAACCUGAUACUAGAAAUUGCAAGAGACCAAGAGAGUUGGAGCCUCAAAUGCCAGAUAGUCCACAACUGUCUUCUCUUGGAAAAUCAGAUUCCUCUUUCUCUGAAAGCUCUGGACUAUUUGAUAAAGAUGAAUCCCUGGAGAAAGAUUUGAAUGAUAUGAGCAAGGAAAUUAAUCUAAUGUUGUCUACAUAUGCAAAGAUUUUAAGUGAGAGAGCAGCAGUAGAUGCUUCUUAUAUCGACGAGAUAGAAGGACUCUUCAAAGAAGCCAAUACUAUUGAAAACUUUCUAGUACAAAAAAGAGAGCUCCUGAGACAGAGAUUUACAGUUAUUGCAAAUACACUACACAGUUAAAAGUUGUGUACUUAAAAUAAGCUGAUAAUUUAAACCCAUUAUUGUUGUAAGGAAAGAAUGACAUUUGUGCUCUGAAAGCUGUGGAAAAUGUAUACCUUAAACAUAGAAGGGGAAACACCUUGAAUUUCUUUUCUAGACUUAAAGGGAGCUUUAAACUGGAUAUUAAUAUGUUUUCUUUUGAGGGUCAACUCUUUGGUGUAGUGUAUAAAAGUGUAAGUUAUUUAAAUUAUUAUUAAUUCUUUUUUUUAAAAAACUAGUCUUCAACUUCUAAAAGAGGAUGCAAUGAGUUAAUUUGAUAAUGUUUAACAAUAUUGUACUUUUUUGGGGAAUAUUUUAAUUAAGUAGAAGAUGGCAUUGGAGAUAGUUUUAAAAUGUUUUUCAUGGUUAGUAUUAUAAAAAAAAUUAAAACCUAAAUGUGAUUUGUCCAGUUUCUCAGUAUGUAGAAAACUAUAUGUGCUCUUGCUAUUUAAAAUAAUCAUUUGAUUAUUUCACUAUUAGUUAUUAUACAUGAUUAAUAAAAGUUUUUUUGUUUAAAAUUAUUUUCUUGUGCUAAAAUAAAAACCAGAAAUAACCAGACCUUAUAUGAGUUGGCUUUUUAAGAAAAGUAAUUUUAUUGAUUUUUUACAGAGAGGAAGGAAGAGGGAUAGAGAGUAAGAAACAUCGAUCAGCUGCCUCCUGCACACUCCCUACUGGGGAUGUGCCCACAACCAAGGUACAUGCCCUUGACAGGAAUCGAACCUGGGACCCUUGAGUCCGCAGGCUGACACUCUAUCCACUGAGCCAAACCGGUUAGGGCAAGUUGGCUUUUUUUAUACAACCAUAUUGAUGAAUUGUACUUAGUAGAAGCAUUAGCAAUUGUGUGGUAUGGGAUAAAAUUAGUGAUCCAAAUGUAAAGAGAUUGGGUAAACAACAAGGUGACUGUUGAGUCAUUUCAAUCCUAUUAUAAUUCAGAAAUUGAAUUUGGACUAGCAGAUCUCUAAUACUUAUCUAGCUAAAAUAAUUUCUCCCUUUAUUGGAAGGUACUGCUGUGAUUUUAUUACAAAUUUCUAAUAUGUUAUAUAAUUAUAUGUCAUGACUAUAUUAAUCAGAUUUUUAAUAAUCAUAGCAUAUAUUUUAAAAACAUAGAUAAUUUAAUCUAUUGUAUAUAUACUUUGCUGAUAUAAGCAAUCACAAAUUUGGACAUAUUUAUAAACAAUACCACAAGGAAUUUGAUAUUUUUUAGGUGGUUAGCAUGUUUACCUUGCUGCCUUGUAAAUGUUAAAAUAAACUCUCAUUUCAUGAAAUGACUAUUUGAAGGUAUAUAUACUUACCAUAUAGCAUAAAUACUCAUACAAGGAAGGAUUAAAAACAGUAAGAACAUUUUCUAAAAAUAUUGUUUAUUAUGAAGUGGGAAAAUUAUUAGGUUUCUAUAGGGGUACACUAAUGGAGGUCAAUGAAGUAACUAAUAGAAAUGGGAUUUUUAAAUAUUAAAUGCAGCCAGAAGACUGUAUUUGAAUUGAUAUGCCUUAUCACCUGGAUUUUGAGUUAUUCUGUUACCUUAUAGAGUUCUUGAAUGUUCUAAAUACAAAGAUGACUAUACUGGCCCAUCAUUAGAAGUCUUGAGUUAUUUCUUUCCUAAGCAUUUAUUAUUAAUGUGAAAGCCAAGGCUAACAGAAUGUUUCAGAACAGAUUUCAUAAUAUACUUGUUAUAUCUUGAUGGUGUUACCAUUCUUCAGCAUCUGAUUCUUCCCUGUGCAGGUUCAGAGUAUUGAUUUGAUUAUUUGGUAUGAUUAAGACUGAAACUGUAAGGACACAUAUGUAAUACCCUAAUAAAGAAAAAAAAUAAAACUGGGGGGAAAAAAAGACUGAAACUGAUUUUUAGUGAAAAAAUGUGUUUACUGGUCAGAACAAAAGGCAAAAGUUCCUGAAUGCCUAAUUAAGGCUUAUUUUUUUAAAUCAAAUUUUGAUGUCUUUGGUACCAUCCACAUAAACAAGAAUAAUUAUCUCACCUCUGGAGAUAUGCUUUUGUAGGCAUACCAUUGCCCUUUAAUUUACACUUCUAAUAUUUCAAUAAAAUUUUCAAGUUUAUACUUUUCACUGAUUAUAAGCCAAAAUAUAUAUUGAAUAUCUUUGUGCAUCAUAUUGUGCUAGGCACUGUGGGAAAUACAGAAUAGUUUAAGAUACUUUUUUUUCUCCCUUCUGACAAUUUUAACCACUCCUUUCUUGAAAUACACUUACAUACCUUUGCUGGGAAAACAUGAUAUGUAAAUGUUAAAAGUAUCUCUGUGGCAGUGGUAGUAACUCCUAGUGGGAGCAGAGGGUCAGAGGGGUAGGUUUUGAAAUGGGUUUUUGUAAAGGAAAGAAGGAGGAUAUUUCAGGCAGGGAAAAGUUUGUUCAAAGGCCCAGAAGAACAAAAAUGUGGUAUAUUUAGAGUUAUUUUUAUUGGACUGAGAAUUUACAAAGGGGAAUAAAGUAGAAACUGCUAGAGAGUAGGGAUUAAAUUCUGUUUCUUGGUAUCCUCAAUUUGUAGCACAGUAUUUGAUACAUUGGUGCUCAAAAAUGUUUGUCAAAUCAACAAAAUUAUGUAUGGUUAUAACUUUUUAAAAGGACAUACCUUCACAGGGCUUUAUUUAUACUAGAUCAUGAGAAAAUGCUUUGUAAAUUAAAUGAAUACAAAAGAAAAGGAAGAAUGAAAUGCUAGAAAGGCAGAGAGACAAAGGAUUAAAGGUAGGUUGUGGCCAGAUUGUAGAGUCCCUUGUUGACAGAUUACAUUUGGACUUUAUUCUCUAAGGAAAGAGGAGAUCUGAAUCUUUCAGAGGAGAGGAGUGGCUUAAUGAAAUCCAUUCCUGGAUCAACUGCUUAAUUAUAGUGCAAGGACAGAUUUGAAAAGGAGAGUUAGGGAGGGAGACCAGUAUUUCAAACAGCUGCUUAGUAUAGAUAGGUUGUUGGGAAACUUGUCUUGGAAUUGAGCGGAAGAGAGAUUGCCUGUGUUUUGAAGCCUUGCCUCUGUCCCCUCCCCCCAACUUUCCCUCCUGUUCUGUCAGUGAGCCAGGGACAGUCCAGGAAGUAUAUUUUGCCACACUGCUAAUGAGAGAGGAUUUGGAAACCACAGGAUCUGCUGCUACUUAACAAUAUAAAAAUAUUUUUUCAACUCUCCGUUUCGUCAGCAAUCUUCCAUUGCAGUGGGUUUCAGAUCUGUGAUAGUACAUUGGAACCCAGGUAGGAGAUUUACUGCCCCCUCCUCUUCCUUCCAGCAGGAACGUAGAAUUCUGUGCCUUUUCUGAAGAAUACUGGCAGCUUCUAAAGUUUUCCACUCUUUUUGGAGCAGAUACAGGCAGCAAGUGCAGAGCUGGGAGUUAAGACAGAGUCAGGAUUUGUUUACUUGUCAGGGAAACAGCCUUUCCAUUUGUAUGUUUUAUACGACAUAUAGGGACAAGAUUCAGGGUUUCAGGAUUCUCUUGAAUCUGUAAUAGGAAGAGUAUUCACUAUUUAGACCUUUCUCAAUUGAAAAUCACUGCUAUAUCCUCUAAUGUAAAUGUCUGGUUCUUUUAUUUGCAUUCUGGGGAAUCCCUUAAAACCUUUGUUGUUGUUUUUUCUAGCUUUCUAUUAUAGCUACUAUUGUUACAUGCUUUUAUUUAUUGAAAUUGGCUGAUAUGGAGCUAUGAGAAAUAUUACUGAUGUGCACUAUACAUUUUAAAAUUAUUUAAUUCAAUAAUUUAAUGCAAGGCAAUGUGUUAGGUGUGAGGGUGAAGGCAAAACCAAGACCCUAUACCAGGGUGGGCAACCCCUGGCACGCGUGCCAAACUGACACACCAGUAACUUUAGCUGGCACGUGAAACCCUCUCAUAAUCUUCCAUUUACAAUUUUUGUGAACAUUUGAAUGACUUAAAUGUUAAAUUACAAGGAACUGG